AUUUUCUGCACAACCUUUUACACUGAAUAUAUCAUACCUGUGCACUUAAUCUCUGCAUUCUGUUCAAUUUCCGCGAUGCCCCUGAGCUGCAGUUUCGCAAACUGAUAGUAACAUGGAACUCCUUUGAUCGACCGUAAACAACGCGAUUCAAGAGCUUCAGCCGCCCUCCUGAAGACGAGCAUCCUUCCGAAUGACCGUAUCAAUUGACGAUAAAUCUGGCCGCCUGAAAAUCUCUCCGCGACAUGGAGGACGUACAACCGACCGCAAAAUGGGCGAACCGCAUGUUGCGCCCCUUGGCCUCCAUCUACCAUCGCUUGGAGAAACACCAUGAAAUCCAGAUCAGCGUCGCAGAUGCUAAACUCAAAGAAAGAUCCGAAUCCCGCGAUGCGAUUCCGGCCCAGCAACCAUCAAAGAGCUCCGGAGCCGAGCAAGGCUGCUCUUACUCGGACGAGGAAACGGGUGAUCCGGCCUGGAUUCCGGGGAAACGGGAGAAACGACGACUACAGCAUAAUUAUUCGAGUCGGGGACAAAGAGGAAAUGCGGCUCGACGGCGCAGCAGACUGUCAAUUCGCAGUCCGGAAUUACCAAAAACUCUCCCCGGCGCCAUCGAGAUUGCAACACCCUUGAUCACCGGCAGAGCGCGGGGCCCAUUGGAACCCUCCUCGUUCAGAAAACAAUUAUUUCGAAAUGUCGUACCCCCUGCAGACCUGGCCGCUUCGACCGGUCAUCGCAAACCGACGCGAACAAACCACUCCAAUUUCCCGGCCUACCAGGGCUCGUGGAAGCAUGUUCUCGAUUUGUCUGGAGACGCGGGCUUUGCUGAUAUUGCGCAUUUUCUAGACCGUGCAUUUAUCAAGUUCUUGCAUAGGACCCCCAUUAAUGAGCAACCUCGGGGGACUCGGUCAUUGUUGUCGAUGGCCGUGCGACGUCUCCCGGACUUUAUUACAGAAGAACAGAAAAAACAAGAUGAGUUGGAUGAAGAUGGCGAUGUGGAUAUGUGCGAUGCAUACUUCACAGAAUUAGAAGCACAUUAUGCGCCCAUGGGAUAUGGCUGGCAGCCACUCCGCGAAGCCGUGCGCGCGCAGGGUAUUCACCUCGUCUCCGAGAUGAUACAAAAGGGAUGGAUCACCAAACUGGCUGCUUGUCGACUAAUGGAAGAGUGCAUGACGCAGGGCGAAUUUGAUGCAUUUGAAUCACUCAUGUCAAAAUUUCUGACGACCAUUGGAAACUAUGAAUACCCGGUCACUUUUGAUAUACACAAGCCUGUGGGCCAUUGGGGUGGCCCGGUUCACAUCCUCUGCACUUACUACAGGCGGUCUGCAGAGAGGCGGUCGUUUGUUUUCGAGGAGCUAGCUAAACUUCUUCUACGUCGAGUGCUGCCUCCCGAGUGGAUGGUUACCGCCCAGUGGAAAAAAUGUAUAGACGGGGCCAUCACAUCCUUGUCCGCCGAGGAUGGGGACUCUGCGGCUGCCACGCGACUGAUAGAAGCCGUCGUGCUUUCAGCUGGCGCAAUAUAUCCCGCGACCAAUGCAGUACUUUCUACGAUUGAUUGUGAAAGCACUCCGCGUCGGGAGCGUUUCAGAGACACACGUGCUUCGACAACGAAUGUGACGGCAUUGCCCACGGACCAGACGCCAUGCCCCAUUCCAAUCCAAGAUGCCUUGAGCAAUCUUGUCUCAAGCCUCGUGACUGCGCUCUGUGGGAUGUGUAUCGCGCGGUCGCAAACCUCCGACGCUAGCGAAAAAGCCACCGGCGCGAAAGUUCGCAACACGGUCGGAUCGUUGGCUUUCGCCAUUCAACGCGACAUUGAGAUGAAACUGUCGCCGCAGGGAGCUCAGGGGCCGACUUUUCGAUCCCUUCGUCGGGCAUCUGUUCUGCUCGGCGACUACAUGCUGGGCUGCGGUGAAGAGUCUUCGGAGGCUGUCGGCGACUGUGCCUCUACCCCAAGACGAAAUCUUGAAUUAUUCUUUCAGUCAUUGGCUGCUCAGCAUGACACCGUCAAAGAGUUGGCGGAGCUCGUGCGGCAGGUUUUUCACUGCUGUGGGCAAGUGCGCAAAGGCGACAAGUCCCGGACACCAAGAGAGGUCCGUUCCAGAGUGUCCCAGUUGGCUCGGUCUACGAAUGGAAACGGCGUGCCUCUUCUGUUGGGCAAGGUAGCGGCAGAGACGGCCAUGGGGCUAGCGGAAACGACCCUGGACCCGGACGACCAUGUUUGGGCCAUGGAGGUUCAAGAGCAGGUCGUCACAUCCCAGCACAACCUAGAAGCGCCACGACUUGAAACGUCUAGACGGACGGGUGGUAGUGGAUUAUAUCGAUGGGAAGAUGGCAUUGGCGAAUGGGUGGCGAGCACUCCGGCGCCCAAACCCAAGGCACACGUGGACAUGAGGUCAAAACGGGUCGAGCUGCGGUCUCAGCAGCCGCCGACCAAAGCCUGUUCCACCAGUAGCACCUCUCCCAGCUCUACCAACUCCAGAAAGGCCGCAUCAAGCAUAACGUCAUCGGCGCCAUCCAUCACUACCAAGCGGACGUGGACCCCGGCAGACCGCAGCAAUCCAAGAUCCCCCAAAAGGCUUCGGUCGACCCGUCGGGAAGAAUGUGCACAAAAGACACAGGAUUCGCCCCUUCUUCCCGGGGGCCUCCUGUCUGCAUCUUUAUCUGAGUCAGAUCGCACCCCGAUAGCCGCCCGCACCAGAACUGCGCGUGCGUUGAAGGAAUUGGUCCAUGCAAAGAAUCGACCGGCAAGGGGGGUUUUCCCCGAGCCCAAUCUCACUAAGAUCGAGGUGGUGGUCGUCAACAGAAAAAGUGACCUUUCGUCGAAGGGAACCGAGCCCAUUGGUCUGCGUACCCGUUCGGCUCGCAGCAGGAUGUCUCUUCCCGGCACGAAAUUGGAGGUCGAGAACUCUUAUAAGGCAUGCACGGCACCUCCCAGCAUCCCUCUGAGACGGACACGCAGGCGGGUGUCUCGUCCUCGCACCACCAAUCCUAGUCAGGAGGAGAGUGAGGAUGAGUUGAGUUUUCUAUAACUAUGGGGCGGCUCUCUCCGACGGAUGGGAAUCCCUGCCAUCCCCCAUGACACUUAUUUUUCUUGGUCCUUUUAAUCUCCGUGGAG